AUGGUACUUGCCCCGUAUUUGAGGAAAGUUGUGCAGUACCCGAGAAGUCUCGCGCACUCGUUCGGGAGCACCAAAGCCGGGCGUUACUUGAGCAAAGUCGGCAGCUGGAUCGCGCCUCCUCCAAACAAGUCAGAAGAUGGGCGUGACCAGUGGCCCUCCCGAGCAGCUUUCCUGCUUGCCGCCAUGGGAGGCUGCGCCGGCCAAGGAAACUUGCUACGAUACCCCUCAGUGGUCUACAACAAUUACGGGUUGCAGUGGUUUAUUCCCUAUCUGAUAGCAGUGUUUGCUGUCGCCAUUCCAGCCCUCAUACUCGAGAUCUCAAUCGGACAAGCUUAUCGGGGCGGAACGGUGAUCGCCUUCAACAACAUCAACAAGCGAUUGAAAGGUGUUGGUCUGGGACCGAUUCUGGUCAGCUUUGUGGUGGUACAAUACUUCACUGUGAAUUUGGCGUGGAUCAUGAAUUAUUUCCGCAACUCGUUUACCAGCCCGCUGCCAUGGGAAGGUAGAAUCGAGGAGUUCUACAUGGGCGAUGUUGUUGCCAAUGUUGAUCCGAUCGAAGGCAGUCUCACGGCUGGAAACGCCGCUGUCGCAAAUUAUACCGUUUACCCCGGUGUCGCGCUGAUUGGCGAGACGGUUGGAUGGAGCGCCUUCAUUUGGUUCCUGAUCUGGAUUUCUAUCUUCCGUGGAGUCGGACUGACUGGUCGUGUGGUCUACUGGACCAUGGGUCUGCCAAUUGUCACCACAAUCAUUAUCGUCGGCCGCGCAUGUUCUCUGGAGAAUGCGCGUGAGGGUAUCCGACUUCUAUGGGCCACUUGGAGGAGCGAUCAGCUAGCCUCCGGCACCGUGUGGCAGACCGCAGUCGGACAGGUAUUCUUCUCGACGGGCAUUGGCUUUGGCUAUUUCACUUCAUACGCUUCCUACAACUCGAAGCAUUCAAAUGCAGUCAUGGACGCAAUACUCAUCUGCGGAAGUAACAUUCUAUUCGAGAACUUUGCUGCAUUCGCUGUCUUUGGUGUCGUGGGGUAUCUCCAACGUUGGCCACAGGAUGGCGAGAGAUUGGGUGCCUUUGUCGUUGGGUUCUUGACACUCCCCGAGGCUGUUCUCCAUAUGCCGGGUGCCAACUGGUGGGCAAUCCUGUUGUUUUUCACCUUGGUUGUUCUCGGAUUCAGCUCGGCCUUUGUUAUGCUUGACGCGGUUGCAACUUUGGCUGUGGACGCGGGGAUGAAAAUGUCGAGGCCGAUGAUUGUAACGGGCUUGACUAUCAUCUCCUUCCUCAUGUGUCUGCCAUACUGCACUCAAUUUGGAUUCUACUUACUAGAUGGAAUUGACAGGUGGAUCAACAACGUCUGUUUGAUCUUUGUUGUCUGGUCAGAGCUCGUUGGAGCAACCACAGUCUAUCGCUGGCAUGACGUGGUGAGCCAAACAGGGCUUCCUGCUUUCGUUGUGUACAAUUUUGGAUACUUCGGUGGCCAAAUCAUUGGUGUUGCCGUUGCGCAUGGUGUGUCGGACCCAGCUGCCGGUGCCGGUGCCGGGUUUGGCUUAUACAUCGUUUGUUCAAUUGUUUCCACCUUGAUUUCUACCACGCCUGCUAUCAAAGCAGCCAAAUUUUGGGGUCGGAAUCCUCUACUCAGUCGAUUCUGGUACCUAGCCUUCUAUUCUGGUAAUCAACUGAGACGCGACCUCAACCUCGUGGUUGGUGGUAACGGGAACUGGAACAUCCCGACUUUCUGGCCCGUCCUACUCCGUUAUAUCAGUGCACCUAUCUUGGCGAUUGUGUUCAGCUUCGCGUAUCCGGAAUUCUACACCUUGCGAUAUGAUCCUAUGAUGAUCUCUGGAUUCAUUCUGGCACACAUUUGCUUGCUCUUGAUUCUUCUUGGUGUGGUUUUCCCACGAUACUACGAUAUCUUCAUUCCUCCCCGCCGAAGAGUCGAAGGCACUGAAGUCACAAUCGCCAAUGAACCCAAAGAGCAGGAAUUUGUGCCGGAGGGGGGUGUCUUUGAUCAGGAGUCUGGUGUUCAUGCAUCUAUUCCGAAGAAUAGCUCCGAGAGAUUUGACGCAGAGCAUUCAACAGCGCAACCAAAGCUGUAA